AUUCACUUCAUGCAGGAGCUGAAGGCGCGAGCGGAGAAGCAGCAGGAGGUUAUUACCGCCAUGACGAAGCACGUGGACGUUCUGAUCUCAAAAUCCGAGCGCUUUAGAGAAAUGGACGAGGCAAAUGUCGCUCAGUAUCGGGAGCUAAUGCUUGAGCAGGUCAUGCUGCAGCGUCGAUGGUACUCGCUCCUGAAGAAGGUAGAGACCCUCCGGCAGCUCGGGUUGCCUCUUGGAGAAGAGAGUCGCAUUGCGAGAAUCGUUAAGACCCUCAACCUGCAGCUUUCGGCACCAGGUGUAUACAAGACGGCGCUGUCGGAGCUGCAGCCCUUUUUGGACGCGGAAUCUGCAACUGUCGCAUCACUGCUCCGAAGCCGCCCGGGUGACGAGGCGCGUGAACCCGCUGUGGCAAAAGAGGACGGUAUGCUGCAGCGACGCACAGACCCACAGCUGCUAAAGAACUGGACACGUUUUGCCGAGCGUAUUCAGGAAGGUGUGGAGGCCCUAAUAGAGCUACUGGAGAAGGACUCUGCAGACAUGCGUGCGAUUAGUCAUCGGGUUGGCUUGGCGUGA